UUUCAAUAUGAUGUUCCUAGAAGUCAUCUUAGUUAUCACCGUUUCUUUUGGAGCCAGAGCACAAGAGGGGCAGGCAUGCCAAUCUGAAAUAACAGCUAUGUCGCAGAAGAUCACUGAAAUGUAUGAUGCCUUCUUUAAUGGAGUUCCUGCUCAAAACAAUGAAAACAAAACUCUCUAUGCCAGUUGUAAGCUACACCCAAACACAAAAUUGAAUGCUGAUGAAAUCAAAAUCACAGGAUAUGUCUUGUUUAAACAGGUUUAUCCAUAUGGACGGUUGGAAGCAGUGUUCUCCAUAGAAGGUUUUCCUCAGGAUGUCAAUCAGUCUUCAAGAGCAAUUCACAUCCACGACUUUGGUGAUCUCAGUAAUGGCUGCGAUUCUGCAGGAGGACAUUAUAAUCCAUAUUUCGUAGACCAUCCAAACCAUCCAGGGGAUUUCGGCAAUUACUGUGUCCGUAAUGGCAAGAUUCAGCAGCACCUCAUGAAUCUUGAGGCGAACAUCUAUGGUCGAGUCUCUGUAAUUGGAAGAUCAAUAGUUGUACACAAGAUGGCUGACGAUCUUGGCAAAGGCAAUAACCGGGCUAGUUUGGAAAAUGGAAAUGCGGGUACACGUCUUGCUUGUUGUGUGAUUGGGGCCACCAAUAAAAAUAGCUGGGAAAAAUACAUGGAAGAGAAUGCAAACUCAAAUAGCCAGAGAGUUGCAAGGUGCGUCAAUAGGCAACAAAAGAAGCCAAAAUAAUGUCACUGGCAAGGUGAAGUCAAUCUCAGAUUUAAUAUUCAUUUAAGCGGUUAGUAUUGCUCUUCAUUUAGGUGUAUUUUAGAUCUGUGCUUGACACAAAAUAUG